AGCAGUGGGAGGAGACUUUGACAAUGAACAUGCUGAGGGACACAUGUUUACAAUGAUGGGGCAGAGGGGAAAACGAGAGCUGUGCAGGACCACUGACCACUGAGACUUUAUGAAUGAAGUAAACUAUGUGAAGGUGGAGCCUGUUUUUAACAUACUGGGCAGUCAUGGAAGCUGACAAAAGUCACUGCAGCAGGACAGCGGAGUAGUGCAGUGACCUAUGGUGUCAUGUGAGAUGUCAAGGGGCCCAAGGACUAACAGGACAAACGGUGAAGAGCAUUUCUCAGGGAUGACCAGUGCUCAGCUGGUGGAAAUGUCACCUAGUGCCCAGCCUUCCCACACAAUGACAGCCCCUGUGUCCCCUGUCCCCUGUGGUGUAUUUGGCCCCUCGCUGUCCCCUCCAGCUGUCUGGCCUCCUCUGGAUUUCGCCCUGGGUGCUCUUGCCUGCUGUGCAGCCUGUGUUUUCACCAAUCCUCUGGAGGUUGUAAAGACACGUCUGCAGCUCCAGGGAGAGUUGCGUGCUCGGGGAUCCUACCAGAUACACUACCGUGGAGUCUUGCAGGCCCUCCUGGUAGUGGGCCGCACAGAUGGGCUCCGGGGCCUGCAGAAAGGGCUCUCAGUCGGGCUGAUCUACCAAGGCGUGAUGAAUGGUGUGAGACUAGGCUCCUACUCCUAUUGUGAAACUCUGGGAAUCACCUCUUUUCACGGGGGGAGUCUGAUGGCAGGUGCAGGGGCUGGGGCGCUAGGUGCCUUCAUUGCCUCUCCUGCCUACUUGGUGAAGACCCAUCUGCAGGCUCAAACUGUGAAAGCCAUAGCAGUAGGUCAUCAGCAUAACCAUCUGGGAGUGUCCAAUGCCUUUGUUACCAUCUACAGAAAAGAAGGCUUAAUUGGUCUUUGGAGGGGUGUGAAUGGGGCUGUGCCUCGAGUCAUGGUGGGAUCAGCUGCACAACUGGCAACCUUCACCUCGGCCAAGGACUGGGUGUCACACUCCCAGUGGUUUAGUCCAAGCAGAUGGCUCACAGCUUUGAUAGCUGCCACCAUCAGUGGCGUUGCCGUGGCCAUCACUAUGACACCAUUUGACGUCAUUAGUACGAGGCUCUACAACCAGCCAGUGGACGAGUUUCACAAGGGACGCCUGUACCAUGGGUUUUCAGACUGUAUGCUGAAGGUGUGCCAAGCUGAGGGCCCGCUGGGGUUGUAUAAAGGCAUGGGCCCUGUGUUCCUGCGCUUGGCCCCACACACGAUGCUCAGCAUGCUGUUCUGGGAUCUGAUGAGGCAACAGACAGUGAAUCACAACCAGAGCCAGGGGAGAAGCUAAAACAUCCCAAACACCUGGGGAUCACUGAAGUCGGCUACAGUAGUCGAGGCUGUCGAACAACUGACAAAACACUGAAUAAAAAAAAAAAAGCUUGACAUUUUGGAAAAUAUGCUUAUUUGCUUUAUUAAUAUGAGUUAGAUGAGAAAAUUGAUACCACUCACAUCUGGAGGUAGCUAGAGCCAGGCUAGCUGUUUCACCCUAUUUUCGGUAUUUAUGCUAAGAUAAGACAACCAGCCGUUGACUUUAGCUUUAUAUUUACCAUACACACAAUUGUUAUAUGCUGUAUAAGCGUAUUUCCCAAAUUGCUUUGAGUGGGACUUGGUCUGUUUCAGGAAGCAACGACGUUGGAUGGACAUUCAAGUAACUGAUCGAGACGGACAUGUGUUAUAUAGACCCUGACAAACAUUCUGAAAAGUUCCUGUUGAAAUUUACCAGCAUAUGAAGCUGAGGAACUAUCAGGUUAUAUCUUAAAAUACCUCAAACAGUCUCUCAGGUGUUCACUUGUCAGCUUUCAGCAGAGCCUAAUUUAGAGAGAGGAGAUUCUCUCAAUGAAUUGCCGAUGACUUGAAGAAGAAGUCUGGAUUGUUAAAACACAAGAUCUGUUUUCCAUGUUUAUAAUCCAGUGUGGGAGCUUUAAUCCCUCCUGGUUUAAUCCAGAACUCUUGUAGACUUGUCUGUUAUGUAAAGAAAUCUGUCUAAUGGGAAUGAUUUUAUUCACUGAUCAUUUAGUGUUUUUGUAUCUUCUGGAGCACAAGAGCUGCAUCUUUGAAAUACAUACAGUAUCUAAGAGGCAUGGCAAGUAAAGUGGGAUUUUAUUUUGACCCAGUUAGAAGUUGUCUGUUUGCUUAGUAAACCUAAUCAUUUUUUUGUGAGGACUUUCAGCCCAUUUCAUCAGAAAAUGAGUAGACUGACAACCACAGUCUAAUCACACUUAACCUUUGGAGCUGAAGAAUGGAGCGCACUCAGACCUGAUCAGCAAGAAGAAAUAAAGCUAAUGUGAACCUUUACCUUUACCAAAUCUUACAGGGCUUCAGUAUAAGCCUUGUUUGUCACUGUUGUUUCUAACCAGGUUUCAGACUAAGUUAGUAUGAGGUAGUGUCAGUGCUUUUUAUGUGUGUCCCUGUGCUCAUUUAAAAAAUGUUUCUCCCCUUCUCCUGGAUCUUGGGAACCUCUGAUUCGACUCCUUUUGCUUCAAAUUCAAUUGACUGCUUUCUUCAAGGUUGGUUGACAUGUUUUUCUUGAUUGUAGGUAUAAAAACCUUCUAUAGUUUUUUUUAAUCCCCAUUUUCAAGUAUUCUGCAAUGUAAAGUGAUUUCUCUACAUACAUAUUUUUGGUUGCGUUUAAGGUCUUGUGGGUGCAUGUGGAAUAUUGGUGCUCUGCAGUCUGCUGAGAAUUUACUACUUUGUUCAGUCAUGUAGGUGAGUUUAUGCUUAAAAAAACAAAGUGAAAAUGUGGUGAACUUUGAAGAGCAGUAGAGGUAUUCUCUAAUUUUGUUUACACCACUGAUGGAAGAAGUACUCAGAUCUCUUAAUUAAAAGUAACAAUACAUGAAUGAAUGCAGGACUUUUACUUGUAACAGUAUUAUUAACUAACUAUACUUA